UAUACCAAAUGUGUUAUUGGAAAUAUUGAUAAUCUAGAUUUUAGAAUCUAUUUUAUACCACCAAGUAUUCUGACUGCAACAGUAGGUACGUUUGAACUUUGAGUACCUAAUACCUACAAUUUAUGGGUUGUAGAUAAGAUAAUGAAUAAGGACCACUACUUAGAAUAGUGAUUUUUACUUUUUAACCUUUGUUCAAACACCGCACACUGUGCCUACUCUUUACUCAAUUUUCAUAGCACAUGUAUCAGCCAUAUAGGCAUAAUACAAUGAAUUUUAUACUCCCCUUGGCUACAUUAUUUAAUGUUUCGGGUACAUAUUACUACAUAAUAUAUAUAUAUAUUCUAAAAAUGUAUGAGGGGCUAUGCCUUCUAAGCCCCCUCCCCCAUUCAACGCCUAUGUUCAGCCAUGUACAACUUUUUAUUCAACAAAGACCUUUUUAUAGGUCAUUAUUACAUUUUUUACACUACAUUUUAUAAAUAAAAUUAUACUUAAUUACACAUUAGUAAUAUUUUGUUAAUUGUUAUUUAAAAAAAAAACGUUCAAAAGCCACGCUUGUUGAAAUUUCCUGUUUUUGAUAGUAGUGGUCCUUAUCCAUUAUCUUGUCUAUUAUAGGUAGUCUUAUGUAUCUACCAGUGCUUAAAUCAUGGUUUCUUGUGGUUGAGGCAGAAUAAAUGUAUGCUGAAUAGAUCAGUUAGGGAUAAAGUACUCCCCCCUAUUACCUUACUCUAAACAAAACAAUUUUUACAUCUUCAAAUCUUUAUAUGCCACAUUCUGUUGAUACAUUGUUAUUAUUAAUAUAAAGGUCUGUCCCAUGAGAAGGAGUAGGAGUUUUCAAUACCCCUGGUUUUGCUGAACUCAAGUUUGCUAUGUUGCACAUGGCUAAGAUCGUGAAAUAAGUGCGUUGAGAUCUUCUUAACCAAUCUUAUUCAUUUUUAAUGAUAAAUUUAAAAAGAAUAAUUAAAUAUAAAUAUAAAAGUUAAAUCACUGUAUUUUAAGUUUACAGGAGCCAUGUUUGCAGUUAUGUUGUGUCGAAAAAAGGUCAUGUUGUAAAUUUUAUUUAAAAAAAUAUUUAAAGGGUUAUAGCUUAUAGGUACUCUGGUCCACCCUUCAAUUACGCUGAUAGUACCUACUGUGAUCGAUCAUCGACAUAUUUGUAUGAGUUUAUUAGAUGAAAUACAAUUUAUUUUGUGGUGUUUUGAAUUUUCCGUUCCAUAAUUGAGUGCAGAGAAGAAAACACCGGAUAUUCUUUGCAAAUAGUAGAAAUAAUAAUUACUGUACCUGCAAACAAAAGCCACAAGUUACGAUGGUAAUGUUUGUACACUGAUGAAAACUGCAAUCAAGCAAGACAGCUCUCAGAGAAAAUGUUUUUCCUAGAAGAACUAGAAGAGACGACGGAGAAGUACUAUGUACACGAUAAAGAGUUUUGCAAGAUGUUCGUUCUGAAACCCGGGUGGCCACUGCCGGACGUCAACGCCAUGUACACCGAGCCCGAGUGGAUGUUGAACGAGUUCCAAGAACUGAAAACGUUGCUGAAUCUCACCAAACAGAAAUUGAACGAUUUCGAUCUGGAUGCGUGGCACGUGCACACGGGAAAAAUGAAUCCGGCGUGCCAGGUGGUAAACCACGUGAGGAGGCAUGUGCGUCCAAAUUUCCUAACACAGGCGUGGUGCAAGUUCUACGAGAUCGCGUGCAGUUCUGACCUAGUGUCGUUGGACGAGAUCCGCGAGGAAGGUGGUACAUCGUUCACCAGCGUGCAUCUGUGCGAGGCGCCUGGUGCGUUCAUUGCGGCGCUCAACCAUUUCUUGGCUAUCAACUACGAAGAUCUGCGGCUUGACUGGCUGGCGAUGACCUUGAAUCCGUACCACGAGUCCAACGGGCACCCAGACAUCGUGACCGACGAACGGCUGAUACUGCACACGCUUCCGAAUUGGGAAUUCGGUCCGGAUUAUACUGGCGACAUAUUCCAACCGGGGUACGCCGAACACCUGUACCGGACGGUACUGGAGCGGUUCAGCGGAAAAGGUGCGUGGCUAGUGACGGCAGAUGGGAGCGUUGACUGUUCGGAUGACCCCGGUGAACAGGAGACGGUGGUGUCCCGGCUGCACGACCACGAGACAAUGGUGGCGCUCAGCGUGCUCCGAGACAACGGAUCGCUGGUGCUGAAGGCGUUCACUAUGUUCGAGUGCAACACCAUCUGCCGGAUAUUCUUGCUGUGCUGCCUGUUCCGGUCGGUGGUGCUCAGGAAACCGGCGACCAGCAAGCCGGGCAACUCGGAAGUGUACGUAGUGUGCAAGGGCUACAGGGGCCGGUCGGUGGCCAUGCCGUACGUGCAAGCGUACUAUGCGGACGACCAGCACCGGAAGGUGGGCCUGGGAGGCGCCUGCAUGUUUCCGCUGUCGCUGGUACCCGUCGAGUUCAGGCGGAAGCUGUUCGAGUGUGCAGAGCACUUUGCUCACAUGCAGAUUCGCACCAUCGACGCCAACGUGGAUGGUCUGCAGCGCAGAGAGGCACUCUACCGUGAGAUGAAAUCAGUACAGGAGUCCAUGUGCCAGGAGUUCAUGGCCAGGCUCAAUCUGCGGCCGAUCCGGUACACCCAGGAGCUGACGUCCUUGUCAAACAACUUCAACCACAAGCACAACUGGGAGCUGUUGCGGAUUGGCCGCAAGCCACGCGGCAUGUCGUACGCAGAGAAGACGCGUAUCCGGCACAUGGACGCGGGGCAGGAGGCGGGCGCGCUGUAUCAGGAGGUAGCCCAGUGCCACGAGUGGAGGGCUGUUCGACGGUACACAGACGACGUAGUCUGGUGCAGUUCCGUGAACCUCAUAUACCGGCUAUCGGAUGUAGCGUUCCGCAUGGGAAAACCGGUGACCGUGGUCAAGGGUUCCAAGUUUUGUAGCGAGGCGCUGAUAAACUACAGGCACCGAGUGUUGUCCAGGUUCCCUCGAAGUGGUGUCGCCGUGGACGCCGAAUGCCGGCUGUCGCACUACCGCACGAAGAUGCACAAGCCACGCUCUGUCGUUUGCGAUCUGACGGACGUUUGUGAUGAACACGCCUCUGAUAACACCGCCUUACAGCACCGGUGUCUGGCGGCCAUCGUGGACGCGUUGCAAGCCCUGUCAGACGGCGAUGAUCUGAUAAUUGUUGGCUAUCCGCUGUACACGCAGCUGUCCGUCGCCAACGUUUACGCAGUGGCCAAGAUGUUCAAUAUGUUCGGCUUGUUCAAGCCCAACCCCGUGUAUAGCCACGCGUUCGUGUUCCUCGAGUUCAGCAGUGCUCAUUGCGGAGGCUGGCUGUCCAUGUUGGCUAAAGUUGUCAGGUACCUGGUGCCCAGCGAUCAUGGUGGCUUGGCAAUAAUCUCGUGGAUGCCUUUAAAGGUGCUGAUCGAGCAAGAGGUCUACGCAGAUAUCGUGGCCGCCAACAACUUGUGCAUCGUACACGAGAUCGAACCCAUUUUGUCAUCGGCUUCGAGCGCGGCGGCUUCGUGCUCCUAAUUGUGUCAAGUCAAAAAUUGUUAAACUAAAGGCAAAGACAGACUGUACAUGUACAGUGACUUUUAAGGUCGAGAGCGGGUUCUUUUUUUAUUGAAGUCUGGAAAUUGGAUAUUCCUAGUUAAGGUGUGUACCUAUAACUACAGAGACGCAUUUUUAUUGAUUUUUACUAAAUUUUGAGUUGAGUUGAAUUUUUAAAUUGUGUCGUAAAAUAUUACUUGAGGUGCAAGCGAUCGUAAUUUACAUAUGUCGCAAUGGUAGUAAACUGUUCAAGGAAUUUCAUCUUAUACUAACGAAAAGUUUUGAGCAAACUGCUAAGCCUUUUAUUCGCUCCACAAAUGAAUUAUACAGUUCUUUUUGACUGAAAUGUGUUAAUUUUAUACACAAUUUAUAUUUUUACUUCAAUUCUUUGUUCGGAGCUAGUGCGUUAAAUUGCAAAUUUCAGUGUUGAUCUUACUGUUUUUCGGUUACUAAUUUACAACCAUGUUUUUGUUGUAUUCCGAUUUCCGAUUUUCUUCACUAUUCAAAAGUUUACUAAAAUGAUGAAAGUUAUAUUUUACUCAUUUUAUCCGUUUCAAAUUGUUCGAGCAUUAGACGUUUUCCACGUAUAAUAUUGGCUCAUAUAGUCAUAUCGAUUGUAAUUAAUAAUUAUUAUAAUAUGCGUAUAAUGGUAAUUGGGUAUAUUAUACCAAAGGUCUUAAUCAUUUUAGCCAACUAACAAUUUUAUCACAGUGAUAAGUAAUAAUAUUUACGCCACACAUAAUAUUUCAACAUGUUUUGACGCAAUUUAUUUUUGUACGAUUUAUUUUUUAAUUUACAUCACUAUUAUAU